CAUUUCAUUUUCUCAUCCAAAAUUCAAAAAUCUUCUCGCUCUUUACACUUCUAAAUCUUAUUCUAAAUCAAAUUAAAGUUGGUGAAAAUGCGGAUGAGUUGCACUGGAUGUAGGGUUCUAAGAAAAGGGUGCAGUGAGAGUUGUAGUAUACGCCCAUGUUUACAAUGGAUCAAGAACCCUGAGUCUCAAGCUAAUGCUACUGUCUUCCUCGCCAAGUUUUAUGGUCGUGCUGGCCUCUUGAAUCUUAUUAACGCUGGCCCUGAUCAUCUUCGUCCUGGAAUAUUUAGGUCACUGCUUUACGAGGCUUGCGGGAGAAUAGUUAAUCCAAUAUAUGGAUCAGUCGGAUUAUUAUGGUCUGGAAAUUGGCAGCUUUGUCAAAACGCAGUUGAAGCUGUUCUUGGAGGAUCUCCAAUUACUUCCAUAACAUCUGAAGUUGCCGCAGAUAAUAAUGGACCGCCUUUAAAAGCUUACGACAUUCGACACGUUAAUAAAGAUAAUGACAAUUCUACAAAGUCAAACGAUCUUCACCGGGUCAGAACUAAAUGCCGGUUCAAGAAGCGGUCAGGGGUUAAGCCGAAAGUGAACCCGGUUUUUGAAGAACCUGUCCAUGAUGAGGAAGUGAAUAGGUCAACGAGUCAUGAGUCUUCGUUGAGUCACCAGUAUGAACCGGCGGUUCAACACAAAGUGGAGUUUGAAAGCCGGGAUAUUGUGAAUUACUUACACUCGAAAGAAAUGGUUGAGGUUGAGGAUUCAGCUACAUGUGAACCGGGUUCAGUACAUCAAGAGGACGAGCGAACCGGAGAUGGGGAAAUCGAGCUGGAGCUGACUUUAGGCUUGGCGCCGCCAUCGGGACAUGAUAAGCCGAACCGGGUUCACUACUUGCAUGACUUUAGGCUUGGCAACGUUGUCGAAGGCACAUGAUAAGCCAAACCGGGUUCAUUUAGAAUGGAGCUACGGCGUGAUUGUGCGAUGUGAUCAAUUUGACGGCUAGGAUUGACUUCUUUCUAUGAUCCAUUUUUCUUUAAUUUUACUUAUAUGCCCUUGGGUGAGACUUUUUUGGUACAUCCUUGGAGAAAUCAGAUGUACAAAUAUAUUAUAA